UCGUCGGCGGUCCACAUAGGAGAAGUUGAAGCAGUGGCCAUGCUUUCCACUCGCCUCCUCUCAAGACGCUUCGCGGCAGUCACCUCCCGACGCUGGCAACACACCACAUCCUCUCACCAACAUCCACCUCUCAACCCCGUCACCUCAGAAGACAUCGCGCACUUCUCCAAAAUCCUCCCCCCUCACGCCAUCCUCACCACCCUCUCCCCCUCCUCUCUUCCCGCCUCGGAACUCGAACCCUACAACAAUGACUGGAUGGGCAAAUAUCACGGCCAGGCGUCCACAGUCCUCCGGCCACAGACGACGCAGCAAGUGAGCGAUAUCAUGAAAUGGUGUUAUGAGCGCAGGAUCGGCGUCGUUCCGCAGGGAGGGAAUACGGGGUUGGUUGGGGGGAGCGUGCCGCUGGGACGGGAGUUGGUUGUUAGUCUGGGGGGGAUGAAUAAGGUGCGGUCGUUUGAUACGGUUUCUGGUGCACUGGUGGCCGAUGCGGGAUGUAUAUUGGAGGUCUUGUCGGAGCAUAUUGCGCCGCAUAAGCAUAUCAUGCCGCUCGACCUUGGUGCGAAGGGGAGUUGUCAGAUUGGGGGGAAUGUGGCGACGAAUGCGGGAGGGCUUAGAUUGUUGCGCUAUGGGUCUCUUCAUGGUAGUGUGUUGGGUCUGGAGGUCGUCUUGCCCGACGGUACGAUCCUGGACAACCUCUCGGUGCUUCGGAAGGACAAUACAGGCUACGACCUCAAACAGCUCUUCAUCGGCGCAGAGGGCACCCUCGGCAUCAUCACCGGCGUCUCGAUCCUGACCCCACCCGCGCCCCAAUCAACGAACAACGUCAUCCUCGCACUUCCCAAGUUCGAUAACGUCCUCCCUCUGUUCAAGACCACUCGGCAACACCUCUCUGAGAUCUUGUCCGCGUUCGAGUUCAUCGACCGGACGGCGUAUGAUUUGGCUGUUAAACAUGGGCAGGGGAAGGCGCUUAGUGAUGAGGAACUUGAGGGGGCGGAGUGUUUUGUGUUGCUUGAGACGAGCGGUGGGAAGGGCGAGCACGACGAGGAGAAACUCAACGGUCUCCUCGAAGCCCUCAUGGAAUCAGACGAACCCUUAAUCAACACCGGCGUCCUCUCGCAAAACCCAGCACAAUUCGCCUCCCUCUGGGCCCUCCGCGAAGGCGUCACCGAAGCCGUAUCAAAAGAAGGCAAGGCCUACAAGUACGACAUCUCCGUCCCGCUGGCGUCGUUCAAGGACGUCGUGGAUACGACGCGGGAGCAUUUGGAUAGGUAUGGGCUGAUGAGGGAGGAUGCGGUGAAGUUUGUUAUUGGGUAUGGGCAUGUUGGGGAUGGAAAUCUGCAUCUGAAUAUUAUCGCGGCGAAGUAUACGCCCGAAAUCCAAGCUGCCCUGGAACCCUUCGUGUAUGAGCUCGUUGCGGGUUACAACGGGUCUAUCUCCGCUGAGCAUGGUAUCGGUGCGAUGAAGACGCAUGCGAUUCAUUACUCGAAAUCUGGGGUUGCGGUCGAUAUGAUGAAGAGGAUCAAGAAUUUGUUUGACCCGAGGGGGAUUAUGAACCCGGGUAAGGUUCUGGAGUGAGUUGUCGUCGUGGAUGUGGAUAUGGACCUGUCUGUACGCUUCUAUGUAGCACUACCUAUGCACACGUCCAUCCUAUCCUCCAUCCUAUCUGUUCCACAUACAUUUUGCUAUCGGCAGAGUCUGUGUCUGAAGAUAUAUGUAUGUGGCAUGUGG